AUGUCUCUCUCAAACAAGCUCUCCAUCACCGACGUCGACCUGAAAGACAAGCGCGUCUUGAUCCGAGUCGACUUCAACGUCCCUCUUGAUAACGAGAACCAUGUGACGAAUCCCCAGAGGAUAGUCGGCGCACUUCCUACCAUCAAACAUGCCAUCGACCACGGCGCCAAAGCUGUCAUCCUCAUGUCCCACCUCGGUCGGCCGGAUGGGAAAAAGAACGCCAAAUACAGCUUGAAGCCCGUCGUGCCGGAGCUUGAGAAGCUCCUCGGCAAGAGUGUGAUCUUCACAGACGACUGCAUUGGGCCUGAGGUGGAAGAGACGGUGAACAAGGCCAGCGGAGGCCAGGUCAUUCUGCUGGAGAAUCUCCGCUUCCAUGCUGAAGAGGAGGGAAGCUCCAAAGACGCUGAAGGCAAGAAGGUGAAGGCAGACAAGGAUGCUGUAGCCAAGUUUCGCCAGGGUUUGACGGCUUUGGGCGAUGUCUACAUCAACGAUGCCUUCGGAACGGCUCACCGUGCUCACAGCUCGAUGGUCGGCGUGGACCUACCUCAGAAGGCCGCAGGCUUCCUGAUGAAGAAGGAACUCGACUACUUUGCUCAAGCUCUCGAGAACCCGAAGCGGCCUUUCCUCGCAAUCCUCGGCGGCGCCAAAGUGUCGGACAAGAUUCAGUUGAUUGACAACCUGCUUGGCAAAGUCAAUAGCCUGAUCGUCUGCGGUGGUAUGGCUUUCACAUUCAAGAAGACUUUGGAAGGCGUCAAGAUCGGGAACAGCUUGUUCGACCAACCCGGAAGUGAGAAGGUUGCUGAAUUGACGGAGAAGGCCAAGAAGAACAAUGUCAAGAUUGUCCUACCUGUUGACUACAUUACCGCGGACAAGUUCGACAAGGAUGCUCAGACCGGCACUGCUACAGAUGCGGAGGGUAUUCCAGACGGUUGGAUGGGUCUUGAUUGUGGCGACAAGAGCAUUGAGCUGUACAAACAAGCUAUUGACGAGGCACAAACAAUCUUGUGGAACGGCCCUCCUGGUGUUUUCGAAUUCGACAAGUUCGCCAAUGGUACCGAAAAGACUCUGGAUGCGGCGGUUACCGCAGCUGAGAACGGGAAAAUCGUCAUCAUCGGCGGAGGGGAUACGGCCACCGUUGCAGCGAAAUAUGGGGUCGAAGACAAGCUGAGCCACGUCUCAACUGGCGGCGGUGCGAGCCUGGAGCUGCUUGAGGGUAAAGAUUUGCCUGGUGUGUCGGCUCUGUCCAGUAAGUAG